AUGGUCCGAUUGAAGCACCGCUACCUGCUGGUCAACAUCCUAUAUCCCGACUCGGACACUCCUACAAAGCCCACGACAAAAGAUGGCCAAGUCCCCGAUGUCGUUUCGUUCCGCCGACCCUCAUCGGAUAAACUCAACGCACAAUUACUGGCACGUAUGAUCAGAGAUGGCGUGACAGAGUUCUUUGGAGACUAUGGCAGUGGCAUGAUUGCCAGUAGUCUUUUAGUCAAAUAUUUUUCUCCUGCCACAUCCACGGCCAUUGUUCGAGUUUCACGCGCGCAUUACCGUCUCGUCUGGGCCGCCCUGAGUUUCGCCACACGCCUUCCGAAGCCCGUGGACCAAGCCUGUGUCAUCCAGGUCGUUAGAGUGUCUGGAACCAUUCGCAAAGCAGAAGAGGAGGCUAUCAGAAGAGCAAAAUCUGCUAUACUACGGGCAUCGGCCCAAGGAAAGGCCUCGGACUAUUCACUCGACAAAUUGCUUGUAGCUGAGGGCGCGUCCGCCAACACAAGAGCAGGGGCCUCGAUGGGCAUUGAGAGCCACGAUGAUGACGAUGAUGAUGACAUGGACGAGGAUUGA